GGUGAAUAUCCUUUAUCGGAAAGAUUAGUAACAUCAGUGUAUAACCUUGAGUUUGUUUUGCAAAUCUAUAUUCUACGGAUAUAUUUGCAUCUCUCAAUAUGAGUACAGACUACCAGUUCGAGAUCGGAAAAUUCCGAGUGUCGGAAAAUAUGAAAAAAGACUUUGAUGAAAAUGGAUAUGUAGUAAUUCGGAGCCUGUUCAGUAAAGAUGAAGUGCAUAAGAUUGAGAAAACCGUAAUAGAAGGAGGAAUGAUGAAACAUUCGUAUAAGGUACCUGACAAAGAUGGCCGAUCACCAGUCAUUUGUCUGUGGCAACAUCCAGGAAAUGACGUCACUGGUAUGAUGUCGAGAUGUGAAAAAGUUGUCACCACAGCAGAAAAGUUACUAGGGGUGGAAGAGUUGUACCACUACCAUUCUAAAUUUCUUAUCAAGGAACCGAAAAUUGGCGGAAAAUUCGAAUGGCAUCAAGAUUACGGAUAUUGGUACAACUAUUGCUUGCGUCCAGAUAUGAUGGCCGUGUUUGUUGCAAUUGAUGAAUGCACGCAAGAAAAUGGCGGACUUAUGGUAUUACGAGGGUCACAUAAAUGUGGCAGAAUUGAUCAUGGCAAGACUGGAGGACAGCAAGGUGCCGAUUUAGAACGGGUGGAGUUGUUGAAGAAACAGUAUGAGCUUAUAUACGUUGAUCUCCAACCAGGUGAUGUCCUCUUCUUUCACUGUAACCUGUUGCACUGUAGUGGACAAAAUAACAGCGAGAAAAGGCGACUAGCGUUCAACGUCUCUUUUAACGAGAAAAGCAACAGUCCGGUAAAGCCUGACAUCUGUCCAGAGUAUACGAAAUUAGAAAAGGUACCAGAUACAGCAAUUUUGGAAUGCAACAAUUACACAGACUACUCGGGUAAAAACUUCAUAAAACGUGGGGAUGACAAGCUUGUCGACUUUGCAGACCAAACUCAGAGUUACGAAAAAAGUGAAUAAUUAUGCAAGAGUAAUUUACGAUAUAAAUAAGAAAUAAAAAUGACGCUGGACUUGCCUAAGCUUUCUGUAGAGUUUGUUUACAUUGAGAAAAGUCUAUAAACCAUAAUUGUUAUAGUUUAAAAUAUAUUUGUUACAUAUUUAACCCUUAUCCUGCUGGCGGCAAGGGAUCCUGCCUUUGCGACCAGUGCAGACCAAGAUCCGUGCAGGCUGAUCAUGGUCUGCAUUGUCCGCCAUUCAGUCAGACUGAGUAUCUUUUUGGUAAGCACCCCUUUUAACAGUUAAUAUUACUGUCCAAAUUGAAAAAUGGACAAAGUUUAUUAUAGAAAUUUAGCAGGGUAAGGGUUAAAUAUUCAGUAUUAUCAUGCAAGAUUAUGGUAACUCUAAUUGGCGAGGUUUGCAAUAGUUUGCUUCAUCUCAGCUAGUAAAUGAUAUUCUCGGGACAGUAUCUGAUUCCUUUAACCCAUCUCGAAAACCACACACAUUCCAAUGGAAAGUCGUCUGCUGCUGAUCCUAGAGACCCUUUCUUAUAAAGAGGUGUCGCUUUAGCUUUUGUAUGAAUUGUAUUGUUAAAUUCCAAAUUAUCGUCCAAGUGCUUUGACCGAAUACAAUGAAAAAGAAACUUGCAAGAAGAAGAGGACGUACAACUUGACUACUUUAAUUGAUACUAGGUAGAACUUUUUGCUCAUUUAUAGAGUUUAGAAAAACCUUUGACAGUAUGAACAAAAACCAAUUUAUGGAUAAAAAUCUUCAUGAAACUGUUCUUUUUUCGGUGUAAAUAUUAAGUGCUUUAAGGUCAUUGUUUUACCUGUUUCGUCAUCAUGUAAAAUUGAUUCGUUCAGUGUACAUUCUGGACGAAGACGAGGCUUAACCUUUUCCCCUUUGUUUGCUCUUCAAUUUAUUCAUAAACGAACUUGCCUUUAAAUACUGGAGUUUCUAUAGGCUGCGAAAUUAUAGCCAGCCAUGCACUAGGCCUUGUUACACAACUGAUGCGGCCUGCCAAGCAACCCCCUAUUGUUCACCAUUAGAAAACAAUAUCCGCAUACUGGGUCUGUAUUUGUAAUACUCCUUCAACGCGUACCAAAUAAACGGAUCACUGUUUGGGCAAGUGAUAUGGCUAGCAUAAACAUGUUUCUUUUCUGUAAAAAAGCAGGUAACUGAAUGUAACCUUGUCAAGUGUUCUUACGUAAAUGUCUGUCAAAAACCUAUAUUGUAGAAUGUUUUCAGGCAUUUAUGAAGAGUCAAUUUAUUGUUGAAUGGCUUGAAACUACCAAUGGAACCUCAAAAGAUACUAGAAGAUGUUGUAAUAUUAAUAACUUAGAAAUUAUUGUAGAUAUCAAGCUGAGAUUACCACAGAGCACCAAUGCAUCCUAAAAACCGCUCUGCAUACUGUAAAUGUUGUUGUGAAUUCGCACAUGUAAAAAAUUAAAACUGGUAGGUUCGAAAACCUAAGUAUAGAAAAUAUCACAUGUCCAUUUUGCCAAGCUGUUGAAUCUAAAAAUCAUGUUUUUAACUGCGCUCUGUAUGAUGAUCUUAGGAUUAAAUUACUUGAUCAUGUUGUAUCAAUAAAACCAAACCUCGAGAGUAUGCAAGUUGUCGAUAAGUUUACUGUUGUGUUUUCAAAUCAUUAACUCAAUAUAAUUUGUGCCAAGACCUGUUAUGACAUAAACAAAAGGCAGUUUUAAAGCUGCACUAAAUAAUGUUGUUUUUUUUUUCAUCUUAUAAUGACUUCGUAGAAAUAAAUGUAAUCAGUUCGCAUUCGAUCUGACCGAGAGUUAUAUCUGCAUCUUUAGCCCAUUUUUUAAAUAUCAUUUUCAACACUCUUUUAACAUAUGGAUUAGCAUCUUCUUUUUAGCUUUACUUAUUUCUAUAUAGUAUAGUUCUAUAAACAUAUGAGUGAAAAUGUACUUUCAUAUAUUGUUGUUUAUAACUUUUGUAAAAUAUACAUUAUGUACAAUGGUGAGACACAAAUAAAUGUUAUAUACUUGGUCAAAAGAGAUGCAGUUUUUGAUUUGUUCAAGCAACUCGGCUUUUUAAACAUUCCUUAAGUUUUGUCAACACUUAAUUAAAUCUUUACUGACAAUACACGCGAUAAUCAUUUAGUGUGUUAUAAUGAAACGAGUUUGUCAACUAUUUUAUUGGAAUAUAAUAUGCUUUUUGGAAGAACUGUCACUGACUUCAUGUUGUCCUGAUCGGUAGAUUUAGUAAACGGGUAUACAUUUUCAAAUUAAGUGGUACUCACCAUAUAACGCAAUGUCUAGAACUCAGGAACCGUUAUUUAUAUUAAAUGCUCCCUUUUUACAUUAGAAUGACAUGUUAAAGUUAUAUUGCACUUUUGCUCUUUCUCUUUUAUUACUAAAUGUUUUGAUUCAAAUUUGAAACAGUUGUUCUACAUUAAUAGUCACAUGUCAUGACACAAGGUGCAUUACUAUUACAGCAAUAUUCCAUGAAUUAUGUACUAGUUACACUUUGUACAUAUUAAUGUUUCGAUACAGUCUAUCUCUGUUAUUAAAAAUACAUUAGAGACAGGGAGAGACAAAUUAUUGUCAAAUAUCUCCAUCCAUAUUAGUGUCAUAAAACACUUCAGUGAUAGCUCAAGUUCCUCAGAUGUGCCCCAGUUCAUUAUUAUGCAUCAAAAUAGUUGAGAACGCUGUCUACUGUGACAGUUCUUGUUUUAACAAUAUGACGGUAAUUGAUAAAAUAAUCAUUAUUUAGAUGGUUUUGCAUUGGCUUAUUAUUUUGAUUUGGACUAUCGUAUUUGCCUCGGUCUAACUGCUUCGGCCUAGCGGCAUCGGCCAAUACGACAAUUCUCGGCUAACUAACAGAGCCAAAAUCAAAAAUCCUUACUAAUAACAUUAUAGUAUCAGGAAUAGUUAAUUAGUUGUUGCUAUACGGCAAGACAAACAUGAAGUAACCGUUAGCGGUAACAACAGGAUAAUGACAUUAGUAGUAAUUGUGGGCAGUAGCAAAAUAAAACAUAUGAAACUGAUAGUAGCAGCAGUAGCUGAAGGAAAACGUACGAAACUGACAGUAGCAAUAGCUAAAGUUAUUAAAGAUUAAUGUCAGUAGUACUAAUCAAUUAGAUAUGUAAAUCUGACAUUAACAGCAGUAGCAGUAAGAAGCUGGCAGGUCACCAGUUUCUAAAUUUAAAGUGUUGAAAUGCUAAAUUUUCAUUUUGCUCUAGCAUUGUCAAAUGUACUUAGAUUUCAAGAAAACUGUGUUGCAAUCUUCGUUAUGCAGCUGAUGACGACUCUGCAAAAUUCCUGCAGUAUUAUAGACACAGUUAUGGCAAAUUUGAUAUGGUGAAAUACAUGCCCAGGAUUUCUAAAUUACAUAAACAACCUUAUAAAACUCGUUUUGUUAAUACUGGUUUAUGUACUACUUAUAUAAUUUAAAGGUUACUUUGUAACAGCCCAUGUAAAAAUACACUGCGGUAAAGUAUACGGAAACUCUUGGAAACACUUUUCUUUCAGUCGGAACAAAGUUCUGUCAAAUUCUUAUAUCAAUUUAAAAAUGACAAUUACUAUUACUAUUACUAUUAAAAUUAGUAAUUUCUUAUAUCAGCAUAUGCGAUUCCCCUAUUAAAAACACCACCUUACCACAUAAUAUUGUAAAGUAAAAACUGUUGCAAGAGAUGGCGCUCUAUUUAUUGCAAGUACAAUGUUAUCUAAAUUUUGCAUCAGCAACACCGUAAACAUUAUACCACGUUGACUUCUGAUACGGUUUGUUUAGUUAUAUCCUUUUAACUACGCUAUACUUACUAUUUUGAUGUUUGGAAAUAUAGUUUUCGGACAGAUAGUAGAUAUUCUGAUCAGAACUUAAUGUGUACAAGUUGCAGAUUGUUG